AUGAAAGCAGUCGGAGUUUCGACCUACGGGCCUGUAGAUAAUUUCCAGUCUCGUGACAUUCCCAAGCCCGGAGAGCCAACUGGUAGAGACGUGCUUGUCAAGGAAGCUUGCUCUGUCAACCCGAUAGACACAAAGAUUCGAGGCGGUACCUAUGAUGACGCACCUGAUUAUUACGAACACGCGCCCCAAGGCUUUCACGUUAUUGGAUACGAUGGUGCCGGAACUGUUCUAGAAGUGGGCCCCGACGUCACACGUUUUCAAGUCGGUGACGACAUCUCAUGGGUCGGAGCGACAACUCGUCAGGGUAGUUACGCAGAGUACCAGCUCGUUAGCGAGUUCCUCUGCUGUAAGAAACCGGAGAACCUCGAUUUCGUCGAAGCAGCGAGCUAUGGCUUGACAUUCGGAACAGCCUACCAGUCUUUGAAUCAUCGUCUGGAGAUUAAGCCUAAUGAAGAUGCCGGCAUUCUGAUCAUUAAUGGCGGAGGCGGAGUCGGUAGUGCUGCUAUCCAAUUGGCGCGCAAUGUUCUACACUUACCAGUAGUUAUUGCUACUGCAUCUCGACCCGACACUGCAGCGUCUUGCAAGCGGAUGGGCGCUACCCACGUAGUCAAUCACCGCAACGAUCUUGUCGAGGAGAUCAAAGCCUUGAAACUGGACGUCCCGAUUAAAUAUGCGUACGUGCUGGGACCGACUGAACAAUAUGUCCACGCAAUCGCAAAAAUCUGCGCACCCUUUUCCAAAGUGUGCACUAUCGUACAGGCCGACGUUAGGCUCUAUGGAACCGAAUUCAUGUCCAAGUCAAUGACCUUCUCCUGGGACUGGUUAGGUACAGCAGCGUUCCACCACAGCAAUGUCGAGAGCUAUCACGAGAUUUUCAAAACCCUUGGAAAUCUGAUGAGCGAGGGAAAGCUCUUUCCGACCCUUAAUCAGCGGUACAAACUUACUCUUGAGAACUUGAAGAAGGCCCAUCGGCAAAUCGAGUCCAAGGCCACUAUAGGCAAGAUUGGUCUUGGUGUCGAAGAGCCGGGUGAGGGAACACCUUUUGCUUAA